ACAGUUAUACAUCGUCUGUUAACUUAGCACAUCAUGAAAUCCUUCGUCGCAAUCCUCGCCCUCGUGGCCGUCGCCGCCGCCGACGUGGCCCACAUCCUCCGCUCCCCCGAAGCAGACGCCUCCAUUGUCCAGCAGGACGCCGACGUGUUCCCCGACCAGUACCAGUACAGUUACGGCACCAGCAACGGCAUCAGCGGCCAAGAGGCCGGCGUUCUUCAGAACCCUGGCAGGGAGGACGAAGGUAUCGAAGUCCAAGGCUCCAACUCUUGGACUGCCCCUGAUGGUCAGGUCAUCAAGACUGUCUACACCGCUGGCAAGGACGGAUACCGCGCCGAGGGUGCCCAUAUCCCCGUCGCUCCCCCGGUACCAGAGUACAUCCUUAGAGCACUCGCCUUCAUCGAAUCUCGCCCACCCCAACCCCAAAAGAAUUAAAUUUAGUACUUAAGGUUAUCGCUUAAUCACUGCCAUUUAUUAUUAUUGUUACCUCUAGUCGCGUAAUUGUGAUGGAGCAAUAAAAUUUUUAGUUGACCGUUACAA